AUGGAUUCAACAUACUCAGGCGAUUUCCGCUAUGGACCUUUGAGUUCCACCCUUAUCAAUCCCCUCCGCAAUCGCCAAGAUGUCAGUCCUCCGCCACGGGGGAGGGGAGGCUUCCUCCAGCGGCGCCUCACGAAAUUAUAUACAGACACAAAGACAUCAUGCGAGAGCGUUACAACUGCCUCGAAAGCCCUCGACGAUCCAGAACUUGUUGCUUUGCACCAAAGCUUCCAGAAACAAAGAGACCGGCUGCUGACUUGGGGUCUCGAUUGGAGCGAUGCGAGCGCUGCCCAGCCCAACGAUAUCGAUGAAUCAUUGACGGCGGCAGGCUUCAGCGACGUGGUCGAAAGUGUCAUGUCUUCCAUUCAAGAUCUUUUAAAUGACGCCGAACGAGUUCAACAUGCGGAUGCGCCGAUUCUCCCAUCCAAAGAACGCAAGGUGGAUCUACCAUCAAAGGAUACUCUCGGCAGCCGGCCCCUCAAGACACAGUGGACAGAUGAUGAUAUCAGCCGUUCGAAGACAAUUUUGAAUGACUUGACUGGGUGUAUCGACACCUUGUAUGAUCUAUCUCGUUCGCGGCGCACGAUGGCUUCCAGUAUGUCGUCGAGCCGACAUAGCGCCACCGCGCGACGACCACGAGCUACCCCCACUUCACCAUACGACUCCUCUCAUGACUCGUUCUCUGAGUCCAAAGAGAAGGUUCAGAGUCCGAAACAAAUGUACGACUCAUACGCCUAUUCGCCCUCAACGCCACAGCGCGACUUUACCAACCCAUUCGUGUCAUCCAAGCAUCUCAUCAUCGAUCGCUCUGCUCUCCAAAUAUAUGGCGCCGCUCAAGAUAACACCCCUCCUCCCUACGAAGCCGUUGCGGCGACCUCGAACUCUCGUGCCAUUGGCCGCUUGAAGGCGUCGGCGUCCCCCUCCCUCAGCUCCACGAAAGAGUCGCAUGUUUCCGUAUUGGUGGAAUUCAUGCCCAUGAUGGUGGAAACUCAAAUGAACUCAAAAGGGUCUCGGUUGGAGAAGCUUCAGCAAUCUUUGGACCAGUUGCUGCAAAAUGCCAGAAUCUCUCACCUGGGACUCUUGAGAUUUCUUGGAUACUGUGUCGACCAAUCCAAUUCGCGUUAUGUGUUUCUGUACCAGAUGCCAGUCGACUACUUCCCAUUCCUUCAGAACCCGAGUGAUUUGCUCAGGGAGCUGAAGCCCAAACCACUGGUGGCCCUCUUGCCCUCGGCGGAAGAUUAUCGCGAGAAGCGUGUACCCAACCUGGAAACUCGCUUUCGACUGGCCUACGAUCUUCUUAUGUCGGCAUUGCACCUGAGAAGUCAGAAUGCUGUCCAUGGAAACAUCAAUAGCAGCAACGUCAUUUUCUUUCCGGGUCGCACUGACGCGAACAAUGACGAGAGCGGCCUUGCACCGGAUCUGCGUCGCCCCUAUAUAACUUCCCCUGCACGGUUCUCUGGCGAUGGUCCAACUCCCGAGCCCUUGUCUUCGGCAAUGUAUCGCCAUCCCGAAGACAAGAGAUCCGUGGAGGACGAUGGUGCAUGGGCUUACGAUCUCUACUCUCUCGGUCUGGUCUUGUUGGAGAUUGGACUCUGGGCCCCCGUCGGCCGACUCUGGAAAAUGAAAUAUGACCGUUCGUGGUUCAAACAUCGUGUCGAGGAUCUUUAUGUCAAGAAACUUGGUCCGAAGUGCGGCAGCGCAUACUUGCAAGCUGUUCAGCUAUGCUUGGAUGCACCCAACUUCCAUCUUUCUACCCAGCCCAUGACCGACCUGGGCCUUCGUGUGCCCCAAAUCUACCAUUACCCUGUCCUCGAUCUGUCCGAUCCCGAUGGCACCUUUUCGUUUUCCAUGAACUUCCUCUACACAAUCUGCAAAAUCUUGUGGUCGUGUUGCCGUAUCGACAUCUUCUCAGCGCCGCCAGCAGAGGAGUUGGACGACUGCCUCCCGCUUGCGCUCGUCCCGACUCCCGAGCCAGCUCCUGCACAGAAGUAUGAAGCAUACCAACCUGCUCGUGAGCCGAUGAAGUUGGACAAGAAGUUACCGACACUUCCUGCGGAUGAUUGGCGUGCAGCGACAGAAGGGAAAAAUCCGGACAAGGCCGCAAAAAAGCGUACCGUCAAACGAAUUCCAACUCUCGACAUUCCUGAUGACCACCUGCAAGAAUGGAACUACUCGAUGAUGCCACGAUUGAGUCGGCUCCUCCAAAAGAUCUUGAAAGAUUCCUCAGAGUCUUGCGGGGUUUCUCUCAUGAUGACUGGAGAUUCAUCUGAGACGGCUCGAACGACCAUCUGUGUGACUUGUGCGAGUGUCAAGAAAGUUCGAUCUGCGUUGAAGAAACAUUACAAUCUCGGUCGGGACGAUUGGGAUUUGAUUGUUCUCCGGGGCGACAUCGAACGGUCCAAAGUUCCCCGCAGAAAGCGUCGCACGCCGGCCAAGACACGCCCCAACGGAUCCAACGAAACGCCUUUUCGCCAACGAGAGCUGAACCCAUGCUAUCAGCAACGACCCCUCUGUGGAGCAUCCAUUGGAGCCUUUCAAAAUGAGGAGCAUUUACCUCCUGUCUCUUAUGGUGGGGCCGUGCUCGUGGAUGGUUUACCGUACGGCCUCACCGUCCACCAUAUGCUGGAGGCCCCCAGUGACGACGAAGGCCCCGGCGAGGAAGGCCAAGACGCCCCAUCUCGAUCAGCAGGUAAUUUUGCCCGGAAUACGUCGGCCACCCCAAACCCAGAUCUGAUGUAUACGUGGUGUGAGGACGACCCUUCGGAGAUCAAUCUUGAAUUUGAGAUUUCAGAUCGGGAGGAUGGGGAUGAUGGCUCAGUCUCACAAGGUUUCGAGACCGGGUACGACGAAUACUGGCUGUCGGAUGAGGACUCAUCCGACGACGACUCUAUUGACGGCGCGGACAAUGAUGAUGACGAUGCCGCAUCAAUCGGCGACACCGCUGGCAUCGAACCCGGUGAAGAACCACGGCUUCUUGUAACUCAACCAGCCAUUGACGACGUUCACGAUGACUUUUUUCCAUCACCGGAAGACCGCGAUGAUGAGCAUCUUGCCUCACAUUCCCUGGGAUACGUCCAUGCCUCGUCUGGCGUACGGCGCUGGACACGAAAGGGAAUCAAGCACGAGGUCGAUUGGGCCCUCAUCAAGGUCGACGAAGCUCGCAUGGACCCCCGCAAUAUCAUUUUGGACACAUCCAUACCCACUCUCACCCGAGCCGGCCCGCGCCGUGCGGUGCCUCCACAACCCAUCUUUCUGAACCAGGUCGCCCGGAUGGAGGAGUUGGGUGGAUUGCAGGUUCACUGCUGUGGCCGCACAAGCGGACUACAAACUGGGCAGAUAUCCAAGGCCAUGACCCUAGUGAAGUUGCAUGGCCGACACUCCUUCUCGACGAGCUUUUGCGUCAACGGAAACUUUGGAGCCCCCGGUGACUCCGGCGCAUGGGUCUUUGACCGAUCCACCGGUCGCGUGUGUGGCCACGUCCUCGCCUGGUCCGCAAAGAGCAGCACCACCUACAUCAGUCCGAUGGAGGUAACCUUCGACGACAUUGCCCGCACCCUCCACACCUCGCUCGUCUCCCUCCCCGGCGCUCCAGCCGCAUCGCCAGGCUACAACCAUCCUCACUCUUCCGCUCUCGCACCCGCGCCCGCCCAAUAUCGCUACCCGCCGCAGCAGCUCCCCCAGGACUUUGGUCGUCUGGCUCUGGGUGGUGCCGCCGGUACUCCUCCCAUCCCGCCGCCUCGUCCCCAUUUUCCCCAUCAUCCUCAGCAUCCCCAUCCUCAUUACCCUCAGCAGCCGGGUUAUCCGCGCCCUCCUCCGCCACCGCCUCCUCCUCAUCCGCCUGGUACUCAUGACCCCCAUGGGGCUGUGUACCGGGGCCCCGUGCCCCCGAUUCCGUCGGCGCUUUUGACCGGUCCGCGGAACAUUGAGCGGCAGCUUGCCUGA